GGCAGCUGGGGAGAUGGGCAAGGCCACUCGCGUUGCCUGACCCACAGUGACUCAGGAGGCAGCCAGGGAGCCAUUCUUACAUCUCCCUGGGGUCGUGGCCCCCUUCCUUUCCACCCACAACACAGAGGGUCAUCCCCAGGACGGUGCGUGGGGUGCGCUCUCCCCACCCGGAUCUGUCUGUCUGCCCCAAGCACUGGCCCAACACCCAGUCGGUGGAACUCAAGCACCCCAGUCAGCAGGUCGUGGGGUUGCCGACCUCAGCGGGGAGCCUUGGAGACCGAUACAGGCCAGAUGGAGGUCACACUGAUGGCACCUCCCUCCUAGGUACAGUCAAGUCGCAUCUGUACUCAACUUGUUGGCAAGGAUGGGACAUUGGUUUGGAAACGGAUGGCGACCUCCAUUGGAGCUAACAGAACACGAGCUAACACACAAGCUGGCCCGCAGUUGCCAGUUCCCUCCCAGAUCGUGAUUGUCCCCUCUGAAGCCAGUUAGGAAGCCAAGGAGCACGUCAAGCUGACCCCGUGUCCUCAGUUAAGGUGGGGCCACCCUGUUUGUGAUGUCACUUGCUUUUAUUCAGCUUCUCCUCAGUUCCCUGACGAGAGAGAGAUUCCUGCUCUAGGCUUGUAGGGAUCCCUUGACACCUGACAGAUGUGACUGGCAGCAGUUGACUAGUCACAUAUUCUCACAGUUCAAGGGAGGAGGAUACCACACACUGUGCAGGGCUGCACAGGAAUUGCACUUGGGAACAGAGGGAACAAGCAGGGGCUUGGAAGGCAAGACUUUGUCCUAACAAGAAGGUGGGGCAAGUCCUGGUUCCCUUGGGAGGGUAUGAGUGGCUUGCUUGAAGAAUUCAGUGGGCUUCUAGGGAACUGAACGCUGCUCCCCCAAAUCAACAGGCACUAUGUCUGGUCCCUGUGAUGAGAAGGGUUUUUGCUUAGGAGACCUUACGUGUGAGGGAGGAGGGAGAGGAGAACUUGCAUUAGGCUGUUUCCGUCCCUCCUUGAUUGUCCCUGGUGUGAAGACAGCCCUUAAUAUGGAAUCUUCAUUUCAGGCCUUAUGCCCCAAGAGGUUAUGAAAAUGUCAGCCUUCUUACAACUACUAAUGGCAUUUCACAGUGAAACAGUAUACAGAAGAAACAUGUAAAAGUUGUAUUGCUGUAUGCUAGCAACGAACAUGUGGGCUCCACUAUCAAACAUACGUUCACAAUUACUAGUAAAACUAUACUUAGGGAUCAAUCGAACAAAGCAUGUCCAGCACUCGCAUGCCCACAGCCGUUAGCACUGAUAGAGGAAAUCGGAGAUAUAAAUAAAUGCAGAGAUAUACCAUGUUUGUGAAUUGGAAGCCUAAGCAUAGUGAAGAUGUUCAUUCUGCCCAGAUUGAUAGAUCGAUUUAAUGCAAUUCCUGUCAAAACCCAGUCAGGGUUUGUUUUCUUUUGUAGAUUGAUAGACAAGAUGAUUCUAAAGUGUAUGUGGAUAGACAAAGGAAUGAAGAGUAGUUUCAGAAACAAUUUUGAAAAUAAUAAUAAAGUGGGAACAUGCAGUCUACCCAGUUUCAGAACUUCUGCGAUAGUUUUACUAAGGACGAUUGUGUGGUAUCUGCAGAAGGACAGACACAGAUCAAUAGAACAGAACAAAGAACCCAGAAAGAGUCCCCACAAAUACGCUCAACUGAGUUUUGAAAAGGGAGCCAAAGCACUUCAGUGGGGGGAAAGCUGGCCUUGCGACAGACUACAGCCAUUUCAAGCUUGUGAUGAACACACAGACGCCAGACUCAGAAAACAGCACCAGGAGCGAAGGAAGACGGGGCUUUGACGGCGGUCCCGCCAGGUGGUGACGGGAAAGGAGGGGUAGACGGUGCCCAGGGCUCUGUGGGCGGGGCCAGAGGAGGCACCCAAGGGGCGCGUCCGCGGGCCGAGCGGGCGGGAAGCUGUCCAAUCAGCGUCUGGGCAGAAGCGCCAAUGAGCGGGAAGGUUGUUGGGCGGUUGACGUGAGCGGCGGGUCUGAGCCCCGGCAGCUGAGCGCGGCGGAAGCGAGCCCUCCUUCCCUCUCCGAGGCUGGCUCGUCCCCCCAGCGCCCGGGGACCCGGUUUCGUUGUUCUCGGUGGGGACAGCACCCCGGAACCUCCACGGCCAUGGGCGCUCGUCCGAGGACGGCCUCUUUCAGCUCCUGUUCGUCCUCCUCGACAGACCCAGACGACGAGGGAGUGCGCGGCCCUUGCGAAGAUGCUUCUCCGUGCAGAGAACCAUCCGUUGAGACCUUCUGACGAGAUCAAGAAAGACAGAGGAACACAGCCUACACCUGGAGGGUCGGGAGCUUGGAAAGCAAUCUCAGAGCCGGUGAUGGCGAUCUCUUCAGAAACUCAGCCUCGCCAGUGCCCUUGGCGGCUCGAAGUCCUCUGCCCUGUUUCUUAUAUUGCACAUAUGAGUGAAACCAUUUGAUAUUUGACUUUCUCGGAUUGACUUAUUUCGCUCAGCAUAAUACCCUCCAGUUCCAUCCGUGUGCAUGUAAAUGGAAUAGAAGGAGGAAUUCACAACAAAAGAAAGAACCGGAGGAUGUACUCUCUGCCAUAGAUCUAAUUGAUAUGGACACAAUUGAGCUGAGCCUAAACCAAGAGUUGGCCGUUCAACUGACUGAGCCACCCAGCUGCCCCUCCAUUUGGUUGAAAUGAGAGAGACACAGUGAGAGAUGGAACACAAGCAGGCUUCCCGAGGAGCAGGGAGCCCGAAGCGGGGCUCGAACCCAGGACCCUGGGAUCAUGACCUGAGCCAAAGGCAGAGGCUUAACGACUGAGCCACCCGGGUGCCCCCGUCAUUUUAUUUUAUAUUCCUCUUAUUUUGGGGGGUGAAGUUGAAGAUCGUUUUUAUAUGUUUAAGAGCCAUUUAUAUUAUCUUUUACAGUGAACUGUCUGGUCAAGUAAGGAAUUCCUUUCUUGACCUUAGUAAAAUGAUAGUAACACUGUUAGGCUCUGAAGUCCUUUCUAUCAAGGCAGUGAAGGGAUUUGAGAUGGGAGGGUGACUUAGUCAGAUUGAGAAAGUGACCAAAUGACCACAGUCCUUGGGCAUGCAGGGAAUCCUCACCCUAAAGAUGGAGCCUAUGGGUAGAUUCUGUAAGAAAUGGAAAGAAAGUGCAAAGUGGUGGUUCCUGAGAAUAAGGACAUGGACCUUACUUGGAGCUGAGGGUGAACCCAGGCAUCAGGGAGAUGGGGCCAGGCCUGGCUAAGAGGCCUGAAAUCCUCUCUCCCAGGCUCCUGAGGCAGCUUUCCUAACCAGGGCUACAGAGGUGGGAACCCAAGUUGGGGCCCUGGGAGCUAGACGCCCCAGGCAGGGUGUCAGCCGGCCUUCCUUCCUUCUUCCUCUGCAUGGGCUGGCAUCUCCAGACCGGACCCCCUAGGAGAGGGCUUCCCAGGCAACAUGUGGUGAGCAUCUUUAAAGUUUUGUUCCAAUAAUCUCUCUGUUGUGGACGAUAUUCUAUAACAUACAUGAAAAAUGAUUUCCUAGAAAGAUAAAAUGCAAGAGACACAUCAAAUAGAAGCUCAAGUUAUUUAUGAGGAGAAUCAAUAGACGUAGAAUUCCUAUGUCACAUUGCAGUAAGUUUCUAAAUGCUACUGAAAUUUUGUUCUUAAAGUAGUUAUACUUUAAACAACAGGGCUUUAGAACAGAUAUUAUCUUCCAUUUCCCCCACUUAGAACAGAUACUGUUUUCCAUUUUCCCCCCUUUUAUUCCUCAUCGCCUUCACUCCAGCUCCCCAACCCACAGCUGAACCAGUCCAUUUAUUCGGCAACGUUUGCUCAUGCCUUCCCCUCCCGCAGACGGUCUAUGAGGCCACUUUAUAAACAGGGGCUCUUACCCACACAGGAUGGAGAGGAAGGGAACGUGGUGGAAAUACGGCUUUUCUUUUCUUUUUUUUUUUUUUUUUUUGCUUUGACAUUUAUCUGCCCCAUUUCCUGACCCCAGAAUCUUAUUUUCGUCAUGAUCUCGCAUUGUUGAGUUUUCACAGAGUCUUGAGAGGCUUACACCUAACCAAGAGAAAGUACAUUUCCAAGAGGAACAUUUAGAUCUGAUUUUUCAUGUAAAACCCUUGUCUUUCUUAUGUAAAAUUAUGGGACUUUUUUUUUUUUUAAGAUGGUUAAUUCCACCAUCAAGUAGAUUGUACUUACUUGAGUUCAAACAGCUUUUUAAAAAAAAAAAAACUGGGUGUUACACGCAAAUCAUGAAUCAUGGAACGCUGUAUCAAAAACUACUGAAGCACUAUAUGAUUAACAUAACCGAAAACAAAAAACAAGAGAAUGUGAAAGUCACUCUUUCUCCCAUGAAGUCCACAGAUAAACCGCUGACCCCAAAGAAGAGCAGAAGAGUCCUCAUUGGCUCUUCUCCUGGGCUGGGCUCUGCAGGGAUGAUUUCCAACCUGACUGAGCGAUAGCUUGUCUCUGUCUCUCGGGAUAUUUUGCUCGAGUCCAUGGCAUCAGCCAGCUGCUGAAGGCAUUUCUACGGAAGACAGAAUGUCAUUAUCAAAUUCUAAAUCUUGGGGCUGGGGUAGAUACCACCUUCUGGAGAUUAAAGGUAAAUGAAAAUUCCCCUUCUUCUUUCCCGAAUUGUUUCAUUCGUGAAGGUGCCCGCCUGGUUCAAAAAUGUUAAAAAUAUAUUCAGAAGGAAUGCAGUGACUGCCUGUCUCGCGCCCCUGUCCCCAGCUGCUUGCACCUGCUGCCACCCUCAGCCACAUACGUGAUGUCCCCAGGGCCUCGCUGAAGGAUAGGUGCCUGGCUUCCCAUCCUUUGCUGUUGCAACAGGGGUUAUGAUAAAAAAAAGUCCUUGUAGACAUGUCCUCAGCACGUGUGGAAGAGCCCUGCCAGUGGAAUUGUGAGACCCAGAGCCCCUGCAUCUGCCAUAUUGACGAUAAGGAAGAGGUUUCCUUUUUUAUUAUGUUAUGUUACUCACCAUUCAUUACACCAUUAGUUUUUGAUGUAGCGUUCCGUGAUUCAUUGUUUGUGCAUCACACCCAGUGCUCCGUGCAGAACGUGCCUUCCCCAAUAUCCAUCACCAGGCUACACCAUCCUCUCACCUCGCUCUCCUCUAGAACCCUCAGUUUGUUUUUCAGAGUCCAUAGUCUCUCAUGGUUCAUCUCCCCCUCCCAUUUCCCCACCUUCAUUCUUCCCCUCCUGCUAUCUUCUUUUUUUUUUUAACAUAUAAUGUAUUAUUUCUUUCAGACGUACAGAUCUGUGAUGCAACAGUCUUACACAAUUCACAGCGCUCACCAUAGCACAUACCCUCCCCAAUGCCUUAUCACCCAGCCACCCCAUCCCUCCCACCCCCCACCACUCCAGCAACCCUGAGUUUGUUUCCUGAGAUUAAGAAUUCUUCGUAUCAGUGAGGUCAUACGAUACAUGUCUUUCUCUGAUUGACUGAUUUCGCUCAGCAUAACACCCUCCAGUUCCAUCCAUGUCUGAUAACGAUGAUUUUAUGGUCGUCAUGACAGUGUCCUCGGUACGGUUUGAGGAUGUGCAAGGCUGGGUGAUGGUGAUAUGAAACAAAGGCCUUUUGUAGCUGUUCCCUGAUUUGGUCCCUCACCUGCUCUGUUAGGGGGCAAGAACAGGUGUAUGUAACUACGCUCAUUGACGGGAAAGGCGACGGGUCUGGUUAGUGGCAGAACCAGGACAAUAGGACUGCAGCUCCUGCAAGUCCGGGUUCCUUCCCUGUUCUCUACACAGGGCCUUGUGCUUGUUCAGGGGAAUCUUUGCGGUCUGUCGAUUCACGGUGUGUGUGUACCUCAGGCCCCACGUCUGUGUCCCGUGUCAUAAGUCAUAAAGGCACAGCCACGGCGCUUACUAGGGCAGGUCCUGCUGGGAGAGUCUCCCGUGUAUGUAUUUCCUCAGGAAUCCUCACAACCCCGUGAGGUGCUAUCACUUUCUCUACUGUGCAGACGAGGAACGCUUGGCCCGGGGAGGUGAGUGACUUCCAGCGCCUCACAGCAGACACGUGGUGGAGCUGGGAUCGGAAGCCCAUUCCCCGGCUCCAGAGUGCCGGCCCUUUCCCCCCACCGUGCUCUCCUCUCACAGAAAAAGUAGUAGUACCACAAGUUGGUGCUCGCCCUCACAGUGUGGGGUGCUUUGUGAUAUUUGCUCUUGUAUCCUAUUUGAUCCCCUAAAUGCUGGUUCCCCCCCCGCCCCCCCCCACAGUGGUUUCCUGACCCUCCCUAAUCUGUCUCAGUCUGGGUUUUGGAAAAGUCUGUUAGGUUCUACUUCCCCAGCACCUCUCAGUGCGUCCCCACCUCUCAGUGUCCAUCCCCGUGGCGGCUGCCCCAGUUCAGGCUCCCCAUGACUUCUUCCCUGGACCUUCUUCCUGGAUGGCUGUGAGAUCCUCCUAACUUUUGUCCUCCGUCCGUUCUCCAUGCGGAGACCAAAGUCACCUAAAAAAUACAUUUCUGACCAUAGUGUUCGUAAUUUAAGGCGCUAAGUCCACCUUUGCUGUUUGAGGCCUAGUGUUCAGUCCAUGAAGAUGGUCGGUCAAUGUAUGAGGGAAUGCAGAAUUAGAAAACGUACUGUGUAUUUGUCCUCAGGAUGAAGAUCUUCUCCCAGGUAAGUAUUCUGAGGUCGACUUUCCAAUGAUAGUCACGAGAAAGCCGCACAGCACCACCGAACCUCACUGUGGGGUUGCUCACAAGGUCCUCGAUCUUGGGACGAGCACGUGGCCCUGCAAUGCUCUAUGAAUGGAGAACACACAGGAUGGACGUGCCAUGCACACACGUGCUUUGGUCAGACUGAACUCCCCUUUUGACCCCACUAUUGGGGAAAAAAAGAAGCAAAAGCUGUGGAAAACUCACACUUUCAUAUGUCUGCCAGCCUAAAGAGUAGGUCCAGUACAGCCACCUGCCCCAAAGACGUUGAAAGAUGUGCCCCAGAUAACGGGGCACAUGACAGUCACCUGCAGGAGCUCUCAGAACCACCCGUCGUUCCUGUUGCAGCAGCCUGAUGGUCUACCAAUUCCGGUCUGUUCUGUCAUUUCAUAAUCGAUCAUGUUUCCUGUCAAGCAUUAAAGCAGCCCCAAAGAAACCUGGAGAAGAAUCGGCUCCCAAAUCCAAAGGGAGAAACGCUUUUUCAAAAGCUAUUCAAAAUUAAACUAAAAGUCGUCCCAAGGCGUUUCCACAAUUCUUUCCUCGCAGUUCCCAAUUUCUCAAUGUCAAGGUCUUGGGCAGUCCGGUCCACAGGGGCCCGGCUUUGGAGACAGCGGCACCUCUACAGUGCCUGGAUGGACGCCCGAACCUCGUAGGCGGAUCCGAUGGGCUCUGAUGGCCCCUUACUUAUUUAGUGCCAUGAGGCACUGGGAGGUGGAGGGUCUACAGCGGCGGGGCGACCCGGAAAGCCUGAGGCCAUCGCCCGCAGAGCACAGCGUCCGCUCGGCCUGGGGCUCACUGGUUCCCGGAGUUUUCAGCCAGGGCAAAGCCCGGGGGAGGGCAGGGGAAGGCUCGGGUCCAGUGCGCCCAGGGCGAUGCUGGGUGGGGCCUGGACAGAGGGCGACGGGGACAGCCGACCCACCCAGCUGCUCCCCAGGGGCUCGGGCAGCGGCACCGAGCCGGGCUCCAGGUCUUGGCGUGGCGCAGCCCCAGGCCCAGACCCCGAGGCCUGAUGUGGGGCGGCGGCAAGGGACAGAGCGCGCGACCAGGAGAGCAGCCGGCCCUCCCGCGCCCGAGCCUGGUCUGGGCUCCUGCCGAUCCGGAUCGACGCGCUCGCCUGCCCACGGUCUGGUUGGUCAGCUGCUUCAUGCAGCUGGAUUGCUUCUUGCUGGCGGCGGCGGCGGGGGCCGGCACGGCCAGGGCCGGGCAGCUCGAGGAAUCGCCCGGGGGGAGGGGGGCCGACGUCGCUUCAUGUCCACCCGAGGCGGCAGUGGAAGCGGCUGUGGGCCCGGCGCCCCCCCCUCGCCGCCUCUCAUCCAGUGGCGCGGCAGGUCGGGGCCUUGGGAGGCCAGACCCGGGACGCGGUACCCAGCCCGUCCUCCACCCAGGGCGGGAACCCCGGGGCCGCCCUGUGCAGGGCCCGGAGGCCCCCUCUCGGGCACCGCCACCGCCGCCCGCGACCCCCUGCCGGGUCCAGCCGCACACCUCCGCGAGGCAGCGGAUGCGCGCAGCGCACGGAGCCACCGGUGAACCGCCAAACCCCGGUGUGGGACGCACUGUCCCCGCAGAGCUGGCAGGGCACGGAAGGACGGAACACUCUGGAGCCUCUGGAGGCUGGAAAUGCCCAAAGUCUCCUUGAGGGCCGUGCCUCUGCGCAGGUGUAGAUAUUUGUCAAAUGCACCUAGGAUCUGCUCUCCUAGGUGAAUGGAUGCAUUGCAUGCAUUGCAUGCAUUUCCUGGGGGAAAGUCCAGGGCCAGAUGCAUUUUCUGUGGGCGGGCACCUGGGGGCAGUCAGGCAGGAGCACUCGCUAGGGGCCCACCCAGGACAGCCAGGAAGCGGGGAACAGGGGAAGGGGCCCAGCCCUGCGUGGGAAGUCGUGGGGCUGAGCGUCUGGGACCGGGACCGGUGGCCAGAGUCGGCCCUGGGAAGGCCCAAGGUCUCGGGCUUUCCUAGCAACGUGGCCUGCGCAGGGGAGGCGCGUGCCGGGCCCGCGCAGGCGUUGCCUAGAAACGCCUGUUGUCUUCUGAUUCUUAGCCUGGCGCAAGCAGGCGUUCUGGGACACUUGGCGGGGUAGUCCGACUGCGCUGGACGCUUUUCCACAGCGGACCGCGACAGUUAUAUGACCCGCGAAGAUGUGCUCCUGGGUUGGUGGCCUGGGCUCUGGCCUAGGCCAUUCCCAGGGAGGAGUGGAUGGCAGUGAGACUUCCUUGACCGGCUCCAACUCGGAUCUCACCAUGGACUUUGGUGAUGUCAUAUCAUCUCAGACAGAAAUCAAUAGACUCCUCAAUGAGAUCCAAAGACUGGAGGCUGAUCUUACACUUUGGAAACAUUUGUCCAAGGGACCGAAUAGCUCAGACUCCAAUGCCAUCUGGAAACUGAAGAGCACCAUCAGGGACCUAGAAGAGAGGCGGAUGAGGGAGAUCGAGGAACAUCAACUCGGAGUUGCGAUACUGCACAGUGUCCAUCAAGAAAAACUGGCCGACAUCACUGACAGGCACCGCAAACAACUCCUCGAGUAUGAAAGACGGAUAGAAGACCUGCAACAUCAAGAGUCUGCCAGUCAUGGGAAAGAUGACUUACUUCAAGAAAGGGAAACUGAGCUUAGAAGGUUGAAGCAACAACUUGCAGAAAUGGAGCGGCUGAAUGACCGUUUAAACAACGUUGCUUCUGAUCUCAGAGCAGAAAACCAAAAGUUGGUUUUGGCGCUCCAGGAUGUAAGACAUCAGCUGGAAGAAUCUAUUCUCCGGAACAACGAGGAUUCUCUGGAAAACAACACUGCUGUGAGGGCUUUAAAAAUAGAAAAAGGACGGUUAAUAGCAAAAUUGGCUCGGGCGGAAAAGAAGCUGUUGGAGGAAACAAACAAGGAUGAGCAAACUAUCAAAGAAUUGUCCCCUUUAGAGCAUGUGCAUUGCAUUCAACACAGUCAAGAGAAAGACCUGGAAAUAGUACACCUCAAAAAGAGGAUCGAGCAGAUGGACGCCGACCAUACAGAAACGAAGGAAAUGCUGUCCUCUGCUCUGGAGGAGCAGAAGCGAUUGACACAACUCGUUAAAGAGAAAGAGAUGUAUAUUGAAGAACUUACAGGAAGUCCAGAGCUUCAGGAGGAAUUCGGUCAGUCUACCCAAACCUUCAGAAGUAAUGACAUUUCCCAGCCAUCCGUGGAGGACAAAGACAGGUGUCUCCCAUCCGUGACAGGCGAAAAUCCUCAUCUGAGAGAAGAACUGGAGAGCCUAGGACAACAGAGUCGCUCUGUUCCUGCGCUCGACCCUAAAAUCCUAGACGAGAUCGUAGAACUGGAGUGUGAGGUGUUUCACCUCCAGGAGUUAAAGGAUGAUCUCGAGGAGGAAAUCAGAGAGCAGCAGAAGAUCAUUCACAACCAGCAGCAGGGGAAGAUAGGACUGCUUCAUUCUUUACAAGAGCAGAAGCAGAAAGUGGAGCAGCUCCAAUACCAGCAGGAGCAGAUGAAUAUUGAACACGCUCAGCUCCUUUCAGCGAAAGACGAGGAGAUUCAGCAUUUGCAGGACACGAUAGACCAAAUGAAAGCCCGGUUGCCUGACAAAAGCCAGCACAUUCCGACAGAAGACUGUGAUGAUGUGGAAGUCCCAACCAGUCAGCCUCUUCCCAGACAAAACGCAAGUGAAAAGCUUGAUUCACGUGAAGCCGAAACUCAAAGAUCAGUCCUAGGAAUCAAAGAACACGAACUGGAGAUGAAGCUUCUAACUGAACAGAACAUCCGACUGACGGAACAGAUGGAUCGGCUCUCCAAAGAGGAGAUUGGUAAACUAACUCAGAUUAUCCAGCAGAAAGACUUGGAGAUUCAGGGUCUUUCCAGCAGGAUCUCUGCGGCUUCUCACAGCCAGAACCGGGACGUGGAGCGACUUCAGCGGCAAUUGCAAGAGUACGCUUGGAAAAGCGAACAGGUCUUGGCGGUCUUAAAUGAGAAAACGAGGGAGAACAGCAAUCUGAGGACAGAGUAUGACAAAAUGGCGGAUAGGAUGGCUGCCACAGAAGCAGACCUCCGGCGGAUGCAAGAGGAAAAUCAAAAACUGUCCACUAGAAUGGACAGUAGUGGUCAGGAGAUGUUUAGAGAAACGAUUCAGAAUUUAUCACACAUCGUUCGAGAAAAAGACCUCGAAGUGGAUGCGUUAAGUCAGAAAUGUCAGACUUUAUUGACACUCCUGCAACCCUCCAGCCCUGGUAAUGAGGUUCGAGGCGUUCAUAUGGAUCAGUUCAAGCAGCUUCUACAGGAACGGGACACAUUAAAACAGCGAGUGAAGAUCAUGGAAGAGUGGAAACAGCAGGUGAUGACCACAGUCCAAAAUAUGAAGCGUGAGUCACCCCAGCUUGAGAGAGAGCUGGCACAACUCCAGGCGCGGGCUUUCACCAGCAGCGAGAAGGAUUCUGAACUACCGACGACCUCUAGUGACCUGAUGCAGACGUACAAAGGCAAUGAAAUAAAAUUACAACAUUUAGAGAAGGAACUGGCACAAAUUCAGCUCAGCAUCGGGGAGCUUUGCAAUGCCAAGGAUCUCCUUCUAGGGAAACUGGACGUGAUUUUCCUCGAGCCCUCCCCCGACUGCUCAGAGUCAGCGGACUCUCUGGAGCCCGUGAAAUCUGACAGAGUGGGUGAGGCUUCUGAGUUGCUCCAAGUGGAGGUAGAAGAGCUGAGAAAAUCAAUGCAAGAAAAAGAUAGGAUGAUUCGAACCCUCCAGGAAGAUAAGCAGAGAUGGACUGAUUCAGUGGCUGCCACGUGGGAAGGAGAAGGCCCAGAACAGGAACACAGGGAUUCCGACAUCGAGCAGCUGAAGGAGAAACAGGCCGUUCUACAAAACUUCAUUCGGGAUCAGGAGCUCCGAAUCCAAGCGAAAAGUGAGGACUUGCUUUCUUUGCAGGAGAACUUCCGUAGCCAAGUGAGUGAAAAUGAACUUUUGAGGCAGACGGUCACCAAUCUGAAGGAGAGAAUAGCAGAGUUGGAAAUGGAUGUGUGUCAACCGAGAGAGGAAAAUGCAAAAGUCGAGGAAAACUCUCGAGAAAAGGCAGUGGGAGAUGAGGCAUUGCAAGAGACAGAUAGGCUGCUUUCAGUGAUGCGGAGAGAGGAGGAAUCCCAGGGUGCUGCGAUGAAAGAGAAGGCACUUGCUUUGGAGCAACUAUCGCAAGAGAGAGAAGAGCACGAGACCAGGGUAUUGAACCGGCCGGUCAGUGCAGUUCCAUCAAUGCAGGGAAAGACAGUUCUGUGCCAACAGGGGAGAGAUGAAGUCCUGUUGGCCCUGACACAGAAACAAAUGGAAACCUGUGCCCUCCAGAAGGAGGUUCGCCAUUUACGUGAGAGCGAAUUACGCCUAACCCAGGAGCUGGAGAGACGGCGACACCUCGCUCUAGAAGCCGAAGACGCUCAUCGCCGGGAAGCUCUGGCCUCAGAAGACAAAGUGGCUCAACUCAGGAAGGAAGUGACGGUCUUGCAGGGAAGACUCGUUUUGUCUUCCACUGCCAUGGAAAAUGCCAGCCGAGGAGCCAGUCUGCAGGUAGAGUCGCUGCAGGAGCAACUGCACGUGGUGACCCAGCAGAAAGAGGACACUGCGCUCCAGCUUGCUGCCUCGCAGGAAGAAGGAAGGCAGUAUGGUCACAUCCUAGCUGACCUCAAGUUGGAACUCGCCGAAUGGAUGGAAAAGGCAGACAGCCUCGAAGGAAAACUGAAGUCAUUGCAGGGACGAUUACAUAAAACAAAUGCUGACUUGGAGCUGAAGGAAGACCAACUCCAAGAAUUCCAGAAACAGAAUGAGGUCCAGCAGGAAAUCCUGGAGGACACACAGAAGAAACUGAUGAACUUAGUCAGUAAGUCCGAAGGAAUGGUGGACAAAACCCUACUAAGGAGACUCUUCCUGGGAUCUUUCCAAGCCCCUGACGCUGAACGGCAGGAAGCCUUAAGGUUGAUGGGAAGCAUGCUGGGGAUCCGAGAAGACCAGAUGCGGCAGCUGUUCAGUGAAGGGCCAGGUGGUGGUACCAGCUGGAUGAGUCGGGGGCCUGGAUCCAAAAGCGCCCCCAACACACAUGUGAAGCCAAAUCACCGACCUAUGGCCAAGAAUUCUUUUUCAGGGCUUUUCGUCCAGUUUCUAGAAGCGGAAUCUCAUUCAGCUUUGCCACCACCAAAGCCCUCUGCUCAUGACGUGAAGCCCCCAGAUCCCGGAGGAAGGGGAAAACUGGCUAUGAAACAAGGCCCAGCACGUCUGAACACUACCCUAGCAUCCACAUCCCGGAAAAAAGAUGUGAAGCCCCGCACCACAACGGUGUCUCUUAUUACCCCACCUGGACCGGAAGCGGAUGGAUCGGAGCACCUUCUUCUAAAUGCCGUCACUGAUGCUUUGCCCACGUACGCACCCCAAAUACUGUCACCUGCGGAGAAGGUUGGAAUGGCGGCCAAAGGCCUCUCAAAGAAAUAGAGGAUUCUCAAGCCAGAGAUGAGACAGUGCUCGGAAGACCCCAAGUCACUCUGUGUGUUUACCUAAUCCCAAAAUGUCCUUUUGCAAAACGUAAUAUAUUUGCAGUCUUGCUUUCAGCUUAAUAAAAAUAUUCUUUUAUGAGUUAACAAAAAAAGGCAUCUUUUAAUGACUGCAGAGGUAUUCACCAAACUGAAAAUGGUGGGUAUUUCUUAUGAGAGUAGACACUGGUGGGGUUGGGGGCUGCGGUCAAUGGUACUUCCAGUAUUGUUUGUAAUGCUUUGAUGUUUUCAUAAGGAGCAUGUAUAUACAUAUACCUUUGGUAAGGAAAACAUCCACUCGUUUUAAUGUUCCCAACUUAUCAAAUACAUGAGCACCCACGCCUUGUUGGAGAAACUGGGUGUAUAGCAUGAAAGUUUAAGAUGAAUACAUUUUUUUAAAAAAUGCGAGUUUGAUUUUCCCAGUUAUGUCCCAUUUCUCUUUCUCCUUUUUUAUUUUUAAUUGUUUUUUCCAUUUCAUUUUAUGUUGCCUGGGAAUCUACUUCAUGGGUAACCUGAUUUAUCUCAGGCCUUUAGAAAUAUAUGUAUAUUUGUCUUUUUGGGCGUAUAGUAUUCUAUGACUUGCUUUUAAAAAAAAAAAAUCACUCUGCCUUCGAGAUCUUUACAAAUGUGAAUGAAUUCCAAUUCAUUCUUUAAAAGGAAAUGCAGGCCUUUGUGGAUAUACCCUAAAUUACCGAACUAGCUCCUACUGAUCAGUAUUUAAUCAGUUUUUACUUCAAAUGUCCAUGGUCAACUCCCUUGUUCCUUUCCUCAGAAGCCACUCCAAAUCUUCGUUUGCAGUGCCAGGCUCAUUACUCCACUAUACUCUGGAAACCAUCCACU